AUGCUCCUCUAUAAUAAGAGCCUUGACAUUCGAGUUCCCACGGGUUAUCGCGAUAUCUCUGAUAUGAUUGCGGCUAAAAUGUACCAGUAUAUGUUUGUUUGUGAUCAAGAUAACUAUGAUGAUUUUCUAAUUAUUGAUUUAAUGGAGCCUAAAGAGCAGAUAGAUCUGCAUAUUGAAGAGAUUAUGGAUAUGAAUGAGAUUAAGCAGCCAAAACUUCUUUUGGUUGAGUAUAGUACUAGUCAGUUUGCCAAGUCUUUGAACAUCUUUGCUAAUAAGUAUAAGUGCCGGGGUGUGCCACGAGAAGUAGAAUGGCCAUCUGAUAGUCAGCCUUGGGCUUGUGUGCAUAUUAUUGGUGAAAUUGCCCGUAGUGAUGGGAAACCACGACAAGUUAAUGUUUUGAUUGGAAUUAGUAAGUACCAGAUGUCAGAUAUUGUGAUUAGUAUGUUCCGAGAAGGAGAACUAGCCCUUGAGAAGAAGGAAGACUUCUUUCAUAUGGUUCAAACCGUUGAAGUAAUUGAUCCUUCUAUCUUUGUGCCAUAA